AUGUCGCGAGUGGGUAAGAGACCGAUCCCGAUUCCCGCCGGAGUCACCGUCCAGAUCUCUCCGGAGGCGGUGGAGGCCAAGGGACCGAAAGGGACGAUGCGCCAGCCCCUGCCGCCGGGGAUCGUGGUCGAGAUGCAGGACGGGGUAUUGCACGCACGUCCCGAACGCGAGGAGCGCGCCCUGGCCAAGUUUCACGGGCUCGGGCGCAGUCUGGUCGCCAACGCGGUGACCGGCGUCUCGGCAGGAUUCAAGAAGGAGCUCGAUAUCGUAGGGAUCGGCUAUCGCGCCGAGGUGACGGGCCAGCGGCUCACGCUGGCGCUGGGAUAUUCGCACCCGGUGAUAUUCGAGGUGCCCGCCGGUAUCGCUGGUCGCGGUGGAGAAUCAGACCCAUCUGGUGGUGUCAGGGGUCGACCGCCAGGCGGUGGGGCAGAUCGCCGCGGACAUUCGCAGCCUCCGCAAGCCGGAUCCGUACAAGCAGAAGGGGAUCCGGUAUACCGGCGAGGUUCUGAAGAAGAAGGUCGGCAAGACGGG